AUGGCUUCCAUUGUUGAUCCUUUGGUUGUUGGUCGGGUCAUCGGCGACGUGGUGGACAUGUUUGUCCCCACGGUGACCAUGUCAGUUCGCUACGGCUCAAAACAUAUAGCCAACGGCUGUGAAAUCAAACCCUCCAUGGCAGCUGAGCCUCCCAGGGUCACCAUCAACGGCCACCCCAAUGAACUUUAUACUCUGGUGAUGACAGAUCCUGAUGCACCAAGCCCAAGUGAGCCCUCAAUGAGAGAGUAUGUUCAGUGGAUUGUGACAGAUAUACCAGGUGGCGGCACUCCUACUCAUGGCAAAGAAGGGCUGCCGUACAUGGGCCCAAGGCCGCCGGUGGGGAUUCACCGAUACAUCUUCGUCCUCUUUCAACAGAAGGCUCCUCUUGGCCUUUUUGAUCAGCCCGCAUCGCGGGCCAACUUUAAUACCCGCGGAUUCGCCCAUCAUCUCGACCUGGGCUUGCCGGUGGCCACCGUUUAUUUUAACGCUCAGAGGGAACCGCUCAACAGGCGGCGUUGA